ACGCGACGUUGAAGAAUUCUUAGCCGUAUUCUUCUUCUUCAUCCUGUGUAAAUAAUUGUAAUUUAAAUAACUUAAAUUAAAUACAAAAGCACACAUUAACAGAACUUAGGCGUGUCGUGAAUGGUUUUUAAGUGCAUGUUGUGUGUAUAUUUUCAUCAUUAAACGUCGUGUAAAUUAAAAUUCAUCCUAAUUAUAAAUAACAAAUAACUUCAUUCAAAACGAAGCAAAUUCCACAAUUCUCAAAUAAUAAAAUCUGUAAAAAUUCAACCAAUUUUAACCAAUUUUCCAUACGUAAUUACAUGAUAAAGUUCGUUUUUGUUAAGUCCCAAACCACAACUGUGCAACUGUGUAAAAUAUUCUUCUUAAAGUUUGUGUUAAAUAUUGUACAUUUUUGUAAAAAAGAAAAAUAACUUCUCGACAACAAAAUAAAUAUUUUUUAAUAUGAUGUGCAAAGAAUAAAUAAAUAAAAGCGAAGAAAUCUCAAGAAAAUGCUGCAAAUUAAUGUUUAAUGUUAUAAGCUAAAAAGUGUAUGUGGUUUCCCAAAAACAACAAAAUCAAUGAGAUAAAUAAUUUGUGUAUAAUACAGUUAAUUCAGUGCAUGCCAAUGUGCAGAUUUUGAAACGAUCGAAAGUUUGAGAAUCACUAAAAGCGCGAGAUUGUAAAGGAACGUAAAUCGUAACGUGAGCACUUAAAAUACGCGCCCGCUCGAUCGUCCGUCGUCGUCGUCGGCGGUGGUCGUCCUCUCGUAGUAUUUCUCCCAGUCUUCUUAGUUACUCACAGUUAGCAAUACGCGCCCCCACGUCAGCUGCGUCAGCUUUGAAAAUCCGUCAAAAUUGAGCUCUUAACUGCGCCUACCAUUUCCAUAUCGACGCCCUCGCCGCAACACCAUCCGCAGCAGCAGCAUCAUCAACAGCAGCAGCAACAGCAACAGCUCUACCAACAACAACAGCAGCAACAACAACAUUACGGUCCAGCACCACCCUACUUUCAACACCUUCAACAACAACAGCAGCAGCAGCUACAACCACACCAACAGCAGCAACAACAACACAUGAAGUUUUUGGGUGGUAACGAUGAUCGUAACGGACGCGGCGGCGUUGGCGUUGGAUCGGAAGCUAUUAUAGGGUCGUCCCGGGGCGGCGGCGGUGUGUCACAGGAUGCCGCCGAUGCAGCCGGCGCCGCAGCGGCCGCAGCCGUCGGCUACGUCUUCCAGCAACGUCCCUCGCCCGGAGGCGGUGGAGUCGGAGUGGGAGCUGGUGGCGUAGGCUCGACCUUGCACGAGGCAGCCGCCGCCGAGUACGCGGCCCACUUCGCCCAGAAGCAACAACAAACGCGUUGGGCAUGUGGUGACGAUGGUCAUGGCAUUGAUAACCCGGAUAAAUGGAAGUACAAUCCCCCCAUGAAUCCCGCCAACGCAGCUCCGGGCGGACAGCUGCAGCCUGGGAACGGCAGCAACGGUGGACCUGGAGCCAUCGGAACCAUUGGUAUGGGCAGCGGUCUCGGGAGCAUGGGCGGUGGCAACAGCGGAGGAGGUGGUGGCUCGAGCUCGAACGGCGGACUCCACCAUCCGUCAAUGGCAGCAGCAGCCGCGAACAUGGCUGCCAUGCAACAGGCUGCAGCCGUGGCCAAGCACAACCACAUGAUGUCUCAGGCAGCAGCUGUGGUGGCGGCCCAGCACCAGCAGCAACAGCCUCCGCAUACUCAACAGAAUCAGGGGCCACCGCAUCAUCUGAUGGGCGGAGGAAACGGCCUGGGCAAUGGCAAUGGCCUGGGGGUUGGUCUCAGCAAUCAUCAGCAUCCCGGCCAGCAGCAGCAUCAGCAGCAACAGCAGUCCGGUGGUCAUCCCGGGCAGUACAACUCGAAUCUUCUUAGUCAUGCCGCUGCCCUGGGGCACAUACCCCCCUACGCACAGUCCGGCAGCAUGUACGAUCACCAUGCCGGAGCCAUGCAUCCGGGUAUGAAUGGGGGCAUGCCCAAGCCACCACUCGGCCCGCCCGGCGGACCCCAAGAUUACGUCUACAUGGGCGGACAGCCCACGGUUCCAAUGGGCGCUGCCAUGAUGCCGCCCCAGAACCAGUACAUGAACAGCUCCGUGGUGGCCGCCGCCAACCGGAAUGCAGCGAUUACCACAUCCACUGCCAAGAAAUUAUGGGAGAAGUCGGAUGGAAAAGGCACAUCCAGCGCACCGGGUGGACCUCUGAAUCCACUUCAGAUACCCGGCGUCAGCGAUCCUUCGUCGGUAUGGAAGGACCACACCUGGUCCACGCAGGGCGAGAAUAUCCUGGUACAGCCCAGAUCACGCGGCUAUGCGGCACACGGUGGAGCCUCCGAUACAUCCAACAGUGGCAACGCGGGCAUAUUAAGUCCCCGGGAUUCACAAUGCGCCAAAAUGGUUGAGUAUGUUUUGAGCGGAUCGCCUACAAACAAGGAGAGCCCCUUGUCCGGUCUAGAGCCGCGAUUGCGCAACCUCAAGUUUGACGACAACGAUAAGUCACAUGAUGAUAAGGAAAAGGCUAAUUCUCCGUUCGAUACAAACGGCAUGAAGAAGGACGAUCAAGUCUCAAACACAAACGGUGUUGCUAAUGGCAUUGACGAUGACAAGGGUUUCAAUCGCACUCCCGGCUCGCGGCAGCCCUCGCCCGCUGAAGAGACCCUGCCACGUCCCCCAAAUCUACUCGACCACUCACAGCACGGUGGAUUCCCCCAAUUGCCGCCACCCUUCAACCACAUGCUCAUGGACCACGGACAGGGCAUGGGCGUGGGCGGUGGACUGGGCGGCGGAUCCGGAAUGGGGGAGUGCCGCAUCCAUGGCAAUGGCGUGGGCGGCGGUGGAGGUGGUGGGGGAUAUGCGACCCACCAGCAGAUGGCAUCACAAAUGAACCAGUUGCAGCCGACAAUGAUGAACGGAGUGGGUGGUGGAAUGCCGAUGGCGGCACAGGUAAGCCCUACAGUUUGGGACGCACCAUGUUAUAUGGGUGCUAUUACUUCGCCCAUAAUGAACCAUCAAGGAGCUGGACCCAAUCACAUGGAAUCUCCCGGCAAUCUGUUGCAGCAGCAAAAUUUUGAUGUUCAGCAAUUGUUCCGCUCGCAGAAUCCAGGCCUUGCAGCAGCUGCCUCAAAUGCAGCAGCAGCCGCAGCCGCGGCCGCAGCGGCCACAUCCGCAAGCAGCGCUGUGGGGGCACCGCCCGGCGCUCCCAACGGUUCACUGCAGCAAUCGCAGCAGCAGCAGCAGCAACAGCAGCAGCAGCAAAUGCAACUGGCCGCUGCCUCGCAACAGUUUCUGGCCGCUCAGCAGGCGCAACAGAAUGCGGCAUAUGCCGCGCAACAGGCAGCCCCGUACGUCAUCAACCCGGGACAGGAGGCGGCCCCCUACAUGGGCAUGAUAGCCGCUGCCCAGAUGCCGCAGUACUACGGCGUGGCGCCGUGGGGCAUGUAUCCAGGCAAUCUGAUACCACAGCAGGGCACCCAGCCGCGUCGCCCCCUUACGCCCUCGCAGCAGGGAGCCGAGAAUCAGCCAUAUCAGGUCAUACCGGCCUUCCUCGAUCACACUGGCUCGCUCCUGAUGGGAGGACCCCGCACCGGCACACCCAUGCGACUGGUUAGCCCCGCCCCUGUACUGGUGCCGCCGGGCGCCGCCCGAUCCGGACCCCCGCAGCCGCAGGGCCCCCAAUUGUACCAGCCGCAGCCGCAGACAGCUCAACAGAAUCUCUACUCGCAGCAGAAUGGUUCCAGUGUCGGAGGCCUCGCCCUGAACACAAGCUCGUUGACUGGUCGGCGGGACUCCUUCGAUCGUUCCACAUCCGCCUUCAGUCCCUCGGCCAUGGACUACAGCAGCGGCGGAGUGGCGGCCGCCAAUGCGGUCAACAGCACAGUGGCCCAGGCUGCGGCAGUGGCCGCUGCCGCCGCCGCUGCACGUGCCAAGUGGCCAGGAGCAAUGUCGAGCGCCGGAGCCUAUGGGGCCUUGGGAGCAGCAGCCGCUGCUGCAGCGGCCAACGCCUCGGCGAGUCCAAUCGGAGCUCCGCUGACGCCACCGCCGUCGGCCCAGUCCUGUCUGCUGGGCAACCGGGCUCCGGGCGCAGAGUCCCGACAGCGACAGCUUGCCGUUGGCCUUCCGGCCACUGCUGCGGCUGCCCAGGCGGCCGUCAACAAUAUGUUCGGGUCCAACAGCUCGCUGUUCUCGAGCCAUCUGGCCAUUCCGGGAACAGCUGCAGCGGCAGCUGCGGCGGCGGCAGCAGCCAACUCUCGGCAGGUGGUCGCAGCUGCUGCGGUGGCGGCGGCUGCUGCCGGGGCGGCUGGAGCUGCAGGACCCCCGCAGCCGGGUAGGUCUCGACUUCUGGAGGACUUCCGGAACCAGCGCUACCCCAAUCUGCAGCUGCGCGACCUGCUCAACCACAUCGUCGAGUUCUCGCAGGACCAGCACGGAUCGCGCUUCAUCCAGCAAAAGCUUGAGCGGGCCACGGCAGCUGAGAAGCAGAUGGUGUUCAGCGAGAUCCUGGGUGCCGCCUACAGCCUCAUGACGGACGUGUUCGGCAAUUACGUCAUCCAAAAGUUCUUCGAGUUCGGCACGCCCGAGCAGAAGAACACUCUGGGCAUGCAGGUCAAGGGCCAUGUGCUGCAGUUGGCCUUGCAAAUGUACGGCUGCCGCGUGAUCCAGAAGGCGCUAGAAAGCAUCUCUCCCGAGCAGCAGCAGGAGAUCGUACACGAGCUGGACGGGCACGUGCUGAAGUGUGUGAAGGACCAAAACGGCAACCAUGUGGUGCAGAAGUGCAUCGAGUGCGUCGAUCCCGUGGCCCUGCAGUUCAUCAUCAAUGCCUUCAAGGGGCAAGUCUACUCGUUGAGCACCCAUCCCUACGGGUGUCGCGUUAUCCAGCGCAUCCUCGAGCACUGCACAGCCGAACAGACCACGCCCAUCCUCGACGAACUGCACGAGAACACCGAGCAGUUGAUUCAGGACCAGUACGGCAACUACGUCAUACAGCACGUGCUGGAGCACGGCAAGCAGGAGGACAAGUCCAUUCUAAUCAACAGUGUGCGCGGCAAGGUUCUGGUGCUCUCGCAGCACAAAUUCGCCUCUAACGUCGUGGAGAAAUGCGUCACCCAUGCAACACGAGGCGAGCGCACUGGCCUCAUCGACGAGGUGUGCACCUUCAAUGACAACGCCUUACACGUAAUGAUGAAGGACCAGUACGCCAAUUAUGUGGUCCAGAAGAUGAUCGAUGUGUCCGAGCCGACGCAGCUGAAGAAGCUGAUGACCAAGAUACGGCCCCACAUGACUGCCUUGCGCAAGUAUACCUAUGGGAAGCACAUCAACGCCAAGCUGGAGAAAUACUACAUGAAAAUAACGCCCAUAUCUGUGGCGGGAGCAGUCAGCGGUGCUGGAAACGCAGCACCGACCACAUCCACAUGCUCGAUUGGAGCGGGCAGUGCUUCCCCUGCCACCGCAUCCUCUGCCGUCUCGCUGGACAACAGCAACAGCAACAGCAGCAGCACAAACUCCUCUUCGACCACCACCAGCAUCGCCUCGCCAACUAUUUGCUCCGUGCAGGAGAAUGGCAACGCCAUGAUUGUUGAACCAUCAUCGCCAGCUGAGUCUUCGUCUUCGUCUCCUGUGGUGGCUGCUGUCAACAGUGGCCUUGGGCCCAUUGGACCACCCACAACCGCCAAUUGUGUCCUUUAAAGACAAGCAAAGAAUAAAUUAUGCGGUCGAUGUAGUAAACAUAAACAACAUUAUCCCCCUUCUCGAAUUGUUUAGUUUUUAGUCUGCCAUUUGCCAGAGGGUGGAGAGCAGAGAGCAAAGAGCUAUGAGCAAAGGAGACGAGCUAAAAGCUAAAGCAUACUAUAAAUAAAUACAUAUAAAUGUAAUCUAACUUAUUGAAAAAGCAGACGAAUCGAGCUGCAAUCAGAAGAGAACCAGCCCCUCGCCGGGCCAUCGAAGAAUUGUAAAGAAAGAACUAGCUCACGCACGCACGCAAGCACGCAGAACUCACGCACGCAAGCAUACACGAAUGCUUCUCGAAUACGAGUGAAAGCAAACACCCGAGCAAAAACACACACGCGAUGUGGAAUCAGCUUCUAUAGUGCGCGAUCGAUCGCAGAGACAGAGUGCUCGAAAAAGAAAGAAAGAGAGAAAGAAAACUCAAAACUAAUAUUUGUAUUUUUACGAACAAAAAGUAAAUAGAACAUAAAUGAACGGAAGAUUUCAAGCAAACUAUUUGUACAAUGCGAUCGCAUGUUUAAGUUUAACAAAAAAACAAAAG